UGGCAGGAGCUGAGCCCCACUGUCUGCAAGCCUGAAGGUUUCUCCUCCUCCUCCUCUUCCUUUUGCAAGCUUUUCCUCCGCUUGGUCCUCUGCUCCGAGGGAAGGGGCUGGGGGGGGGGUGCAGAAUUUGUGGAGCCGGGAUCUCCCGGAUUCCCACCCUCUUUAUUCCCUUCUGCAAGGGGGGGGACCCUCUCUCCCUCGCCCCCCAACCGCUGCGCGGAGGGCAGGCCGAGCUUUUGCAGACGCGGAACUCCCCUGCGAAGAAAGGUUUGCAGCGCUUGGGACUUUUCAGUUCAGAGGAAAGGGUCUGGCGACCUUCAGGGAGGUGGCUGUGUGCUUCACGGUGGGGGAAUGGGCUAUGAUGGAUCCCGGCCAAAGAGCUCUGCAGCGGGAAGUCAUGGAGAGGAGUUAUGAGACGGUGGCCUCUCUAGAACCAAACUUCACUUCCUGUUGGGGAGGAGGAGAAUAUCCAUUUAUCCAGGAACCAAAAAACAGGGAGACAUCAGCAGAAAUUUCCAAGCCGCACUUCAUCUCCUGGCUGCAAGGACGAGAUCCACUUGGACGGGGCUCUAAUGAAGGGGAGAGGUCUGCAGCAGAUGCCGGGCAGGCCAAUGAAAUUUACAGGGAACAACAGAUGGCAGCAACUGUCAAGUGCGAAGCAGAAAAAGAGAUGUGUGGGGAAAGCGAGGGGCCAAAAAUGCCUGAAAGAAACCUGACAAAGCAUGGGAUGAAGAAACCCUCCUCUUCUCAGGGUUUACAUCAAAGAACGCACAGUGGGGAUAAAUCCUUCAAAUGCAUGCAAUGUGGAAAGGGAUUUAGAGUGAGCAGCAGCCUUGCUUUGCACGAAAGGACACACACCGGCAAGAAGCCCUUUAAAUGCAUGGAAUGCGGGAAGACCUUCAGUCAAAGCGGCAACCUUACUGCUCAUCGGAGAACUCACACAGGGGAGAAGCCGUUCAAGUGUAUGGAGUGCGGGAUGUGUUUUAGCCAGUGCGGCAACCUUGCCUCUCAUCAAAGAACUCACACAGGGGAGAAACCGUUCAAAUGCCUGGAGUGUGGGAAGAACUUCAGGCGGAGUCAUCACCUUACUAAACAUCGAAGAACCCACACUGGGGAGAAGCCGUUCAAGUGCAUGGAGUGUGGGAAGAGCUUCAGUGUGCGCAGCAGCCUUACAGUACAUCAAAGAACCCACACGGGAGAGAAACCAUUUAAAUGCAUGGAGAGCGAAAAAGCUUCAGCCAGAGUGGUGGCCUUACUGGCCAUCUAAGAAUCCACACAGGGGAGAAAGCAUUUAAUUACGCUUCUUCUUAUUCUUCUUCUUCUUAGUAUUAUUAUUACUACCGCCACUGUUGAUUUAUUAAUCGCUUUCUAAACCACCGUCUCAAGGCAAUUUACACAUAAGAUAAUGGCAAACAGUUAAAACCACCAAAAAAAAAAAAACAACCAAAUACAUUUAAAACAAGACUAAAACCUUUACCAACU